AUGCUCAGAAUGAAACGGUUUUACCUCCUUUUCACUCACCUCCUCGUUCUAGGAUUAUUUUCCUCUUCCUUUGUUGCCGAAGGUGCCAGCGGCAAUGAAACUGAUCUAUCUUCGCUCCUGUCUUUCAAGUCCUUCAUAACUGGUGAUCCAUUACAGGCUUUAUCAUCCUGGAAUAGUUCACUUCAUCAUUGUGAAUGGCAAGGAGUUACAUGUGGGCGCCGCCACCCUGAAAGAGUCACGGCUCUUGUUCUUGCUUCCCAGCAACUUUCAGGUCAUCUCUCUCUCUCUUUGGCAAAUCUUACCUUCCUACAAAAGUUGGAUCUCAGACAAAAUAGUCUUAUAGGAAGUAUACCAAAAGAUCUAGGGCGUCUGAGCAGGUUGAAGCUCCUCAACUUGAGUCUAAACUCCCUCCAUGGGACAAUCCCUUCAUCUCUUAGCAAUUGCUCUAAUCUAGAAUACCUCCAUUUAAAAGACAAUAGUCUCCAAGGAACUAUUCCUCCCAGCCUUAUGCAAUGUUGUAGACAUCUCAAGUUUCUCAGCCUUAAAGGCAACCUUCUGUCGGGAAGCAUACCCCAGAGCUUGGGCAACCUUACUAGCGUGAUUAUGAUUGACCUAAGUCAUAAUAGCCUUAGUAGCUCACUUCCAUGUUCCAUUGGUCAACUUCAGUUCCUCCAGUUCUUCUACAUCAUUAGCAACAACGUUACAGGCCAAAUACCACUUUCUGUUCAUAAUAUAUCUUCCUUGGUCAACUUAGAACUCGGCGAUAAUAAACUUGAAGGGAUUCUUCCUCCUGAAAUUUGUAACGGUUUGUGUAACUUGAAGAAGUUGUACCUAUGGGGAAACCAUUUCAAAGGGAAGAUACCAGUAUCCAUAUCCAAUUGUUCAUCCCUAGCUCAUAUUGAUCUUCAGUUCAAUAGUUUCACUGGCUCACUGCCCUCAAGUAUAGGAAGCUUAAAGAAUCUAUAUUGGCUUGCGGUUAAUUCUAAUCAGCUAGAGGCAAACAAGCCUAGGGAUUGGAGAUUCCUUGAUUCAAUGACCAAUUGCACCAAUCUACAAGAAGCAUUCCUAAGGGUAUUGCGGCGCUAA